AUGAUAGAGAUACCAAUGCCAACUCUUCCGGGUCCAGAUUUGAGCCCACCCUCAAGUCCAGAUGGACUCAGGGUCAGCGAAUCCCUGGCGCCUCCGCGCGAACUCAAAGCCGCAGUGACCACAGACAUCUCAUUCGACGGACUCCUGAAAGAACCAUUGCUACUAAAAGAAGACCUGAAAGAUGGAUGUGGUGGCCAACUAUGGCCAGCAGGGAUGGCCUUGGCCAAAUACCUCCUCAGUCGUCACACCACCGAUCUAUCUGAUAAAACAAUCGUGGAGCUUGGCGCUGGAGGUGGCCUCGUUGGACUCGCCGUGGCACGCGGGUGUCAUCUCGAACAACCGAUUUAUAUCACAGACCAAGAACCUAUGUUUUCCCUAAUGAAGUCCAACAUUCAGCUAAACAAUCUCGGCGCAAACGCGACUGCUGCGAUACUAAACUGGGGAGAACCGAUCCCAAGCCAGAUUCCUUCGAAACCAGAUGUCAUCCUCGCGGCAGACUGCGUCUAUUUCGAGCCGGCAUUCCCUCUCUUGAUCACCACGCUCCAGGAUCUCCUGGGACCCGACACGGUCUGUUACUUUUGUUACAAGCGUCGCAGACGUGCCGAUAUGCGGUUCAUGAAGAUGGCGAAAAAGGCUUUUGAAAUGGAGCAAGUCCGUGACGAUCCUGGGGCUGAAGCAUAUAAUAGAGAGAACAUAUUCCUCUACACGAUACGUGCCAAACGUCUUGACCAGAAACGUGACACAAAAUGA